AGUAGUAACAAUGGUGGAGCCCCACUGGGUAAGAAACUCUGCGUUUUAACUUUUAACCAUCCAAUUCAGAACUUAAGGUGAAUUCAAAGCCGUAGUUUUCAACAUCUGGGUCUUCACCUCUCGCUACUAUCAUUCAGCUGCAAACUGAUCUCAACAUGGCUCUGAGAAUGCAUCUCCUUUCCCCCAAAGCCCCCCGACAACCUCCAAAAUUCCACACCAGUCCCUUCUCCUCCACCAGACCCAAAACCCGAACAAUCCAAUGCAAAAAGAAGAGCAUAAGCGAUGCCGAGCUCGCAUCAGAUUUGUCAAAGAUGACCACCCUUUUCGCGCAGAGAGACGAAGCCAUGAACAAGAGCAGAGAGCUUCUCUUCACAGAGCUGUGCCAAUUCCUGGAUUCAAAAGCAGAGGAAGUCAAGAAGAAAUGGAGGAAAUCGGAUGAGGACGAGAAGCGGGUUUUGGUUAAAGCCUUUGUUUCAGAGUGGGGUGUCAAUUUUCACCCACUGUCUGCAAAAUCUGUUCAAGAUUUGGUCGAGGAGCACCUGCAGCACCAAAACCCACCUGCAAAAUCCCCUUUGUUUCCUGGUUUGAAGAGGAUGAUGGGUUUCUCAGAAGAAGACAAAUAGAUUAAUUUCGUUGCUCAAUGUAAAAUUUCAAUUUGGUCUUUCAGAUAAUGUUAAGAGUUCAUCUUUUUCCUAAGUCCUAACAACUAUUGUGAAUCGAUUAAACACUAUAUACAAAAAGAACUAGUUU